AUGUCUGAUAUCUACGAAAUAAUUAAUAACCUUGGUCUAGAUGAAGCAGAAGCAAACAAACUCAAAAUUUACCUAAUUAAAAAUCAUGAAAUAAGAAAAGAAUUAAAUUCAGCACUUGCAGUUUCGUGCGAAACAGAAGAAUCUAAAAGGAAUCUUUUGAAAGAUUUUCUUCGUAAUAUUUCUGUUGAACAUCAAGAAAAAAGAUCAUCGAAUGCUGAAUUAUUAUACGAACAAGAAAAGACGAAAAGAGCUCGUCUUGAAGCCAUUUUAGAUGCGACGACUCAUAGCCUUUCCUCUCUAUGGUAUAUAUAUCAGCCAAUACAUUGUCAAACCUUAUGGUUUGAACCUGCAAGAAAAUCACUUUCUUUCGCUACACCGCCAACAGGCGAUAAAGAAAACGUAUACCAAGGUUAUUUUCGUGAAAAGAUCUUGUCACAGCUAGAAGGGGAUAAUUACGUCAAAGCUGUUGACACGCAUUCAAAAAAAUUUCUCGAUGGAAAGGCCCCAGACAUAUGCACUCAUCUUGAUGACUAUUUAUUAACAUCACACACGAUAGAAUCUAUAGGCGAAAUUAAACCCCACGGUUCAUGUUUCACGCCAACCAACCAAGGACAAGUUAUUAUGUAUGCAACAAUCGCAUUAAAACAUCAGAAAGGUCGUCAAAGUAUCACGGGAUUUUUGACGGAUUGUUAUCACGUAAUGUUUAUUCAAGUAACUAAAGACGAUAGUGAGAAAGGCCCGUACAAAGUAACCUACUCUGAUCAAUUUAACCUCAGCAAUCAAACAUAUACAAAUUAUUUACGAGGUCUACUAAGUACAUUGUCCUACCACCCGAUGACAGGACUAAGUGUCAAAAUGAAUGAUUUGAUUGCGUAUACAUCUAUAUCGAGUGUAUUUGGGGUUUGUUACGAUGAAGAAGCAGUUGUUAAAAUUGUGUCACGAUCUGACAUAUUAAUGAAUGAAAUAAAUGUAUUAACAAAGCUUCAGAGACGAGGAGUCAAUGAUGGUAUUAUAAGACUUGUUUGUUCGUCUGAUACAGCGAUGCUAUUAAGACCACGAGCAGUUGAAACAUUCAAGAAAUGUAAUAAACCUGUAUCCUUAUUAGCGGAUAUUAUUGAAAAAAUUAAGAAAUGUCAUGAAAAUGGGAUAGUACAUGGCGAUACUCGAUUGACAAAUAUCCUUGUGGAUAAAAAUGGCAAACUUAUACUUAUCGAUUUCGGAUGUGGUUCAGAUGCAGGCAAGGAAUGGUAUGGAAAUGGACCAAGAUUGCCAUUUUUAUCUUUAAGGCUGAUACGAUUAACAACCACCUGUACUUUUGCCGGAAGAUGGAAUCCGCAAAUCUUUACAGAUUAUCGAGAUGAUCUGUUCACUCUUAUACAAUCAAUUUACAUUCACUUAAAUAAGGAUUAUGUAUUACAAGCACUUGAAAACAAUAUUGAAGACCCGAAUCAUGUUAUCUCAUUCUGGGAUAAAAUAUUUAUAGAUGAGUGGAAAAUUGCGUAUGAUUACUGCAAUAACCUGAAUUAUGAUGGUUUAAAAUUUUUUAUAGCUAACCUCUAA